UCCUUCCCUCGCUCCCCGGAGCCGGGCUUUGGGAGCUUUUCUGGGCGGCGGCGGCGAUGUCGGCGCUGGAGUGGUUUGCGCACAAAUCCCUGGGCGGCGGCAUCUUCUGGAUCCAGGAGCGCUUCUACGAGUCCGGGAACCGGGCUAACAUCUGGCUGGUGCGAGGCUCGCAGCGGGACGUGGUCAUCGACACCGGGCUGGGGCUGCGGAGCCUGCCGGAUUACCUCCGCUUGGCGGGGCUCUUGGGGCCCGGAGCCCCCGAGGAGAAGGGGGCGGAAUCCGCGCCGCCGGCGGGAGAACCCCUUGCGGGACAGCGCCCCCUGCUGGCCGUGGCCACGCACGUGCACUUCGACCACGCGGGCGGGCUCCACCAGUUCCCGGAGGUGGCCGUGCACAGCGCCGAGGCCCCGGCCCUCCGCCGCGGGGACAACUACGAGGCCGUGACCUGGCUCUCCGAGGGCGAGGUGGUGCGGCAGCCCAGCCCCGGGUGGAGCGCCAGGCACUUCCGGGUUCGCCCCGUCCAGCCCACCCACGUCCUGCAGGAAGGGGAUGUGAUCAGCCUCGGUGAUAGAGAGCUCACUGUCAUGCACAUGCCUGGCCAUUCAAGAGGAAGCAUUUGUUUGCACGACAGCGAACGGAAGAUACUGUUCAGUGGAGAUGUUGUGUAUGAAGGCUCAAUGAUUGACUGGCUUCCUUACAGCAGGAUAAAUGACUAUGUUGCAAGCUGCCAACGACUCAUAGAAUUAGCGAAUAGGGGCUUGGUGGAGAAAGUCCUUCCAGGGCAUUUCAACACAUUUGGUGCAGAACGACUCUCUCAUUUGGCUUCCAACUACAUUUCUAAUGCCGGGAUUUGUCACAAAGUUUCAACAUGUGCCAUGAGAUCAGUCGCAAGCCUAGCACUUCGGGCAACAAAUUCUAGAUCAACUUCCUAGGAUAACAUGUUUAAUGUUCUGUUGGUAUAUAUUAGUUGCUUUAAUGGGAAAAAUGGGGGUUUGAGCCACAAAGAUUAUUUUUAUCUACUUCAUUUCUAUUUUCAAAUAAAAGAAAAUCAGAUGCCAAUACAAGCUAGUAGCUAUGCCAAAGCUACUCAUUUUCUUUCUGUUUGUUUUAAGGCAAGUUUGCACAUAUAUUGAGUGCUGUUCCACAAAUAUUCUGAACAUGUUGCUUUGUAUUUUAAAGCAUUUUGAAGCAUAUGAGAUGCACUUGUUUUGCACUUGUGACAGAUUUAUUAAUGAGAUCUUAGGUAUUCAUGUUGAAAGCAUAGUUUAAAUGGCUGACCUUAUUAACAGCAGUAUUGUGGGUGUGGGUUGGGAGAAUUAAAACAUUCCACUGUCUCAUUGAAUGCACUAAGUUUAAUUACCCAACAAUUCAUUUUUAUUGAAUGGGUGAAUGUAAGAUGUAGUUACCUAAUGCUAAGGUAUUAUCAUAUAUUAUUGCUCUUCAGAAAUUGUGUUGCAUUGGCUUUUGUUUCCUAAACAAAUGAAAUAGCAGUAAAUAUUUGAAGUAUAUUGCUUGCUCGGUAAAUGUGACUAAUUGUUUCAGUGUUAGUGUGUGUACCUAUUAAGACCUCCAGUCUGAGGAUUUUAUAUAUAGUACACACCCAUGAUGAAUAGUUUCUGUAGUACAAUAGCUGGAUAAAAAGCACAGCACUUGUCAGUUACAAAUUGUUAGAUGCACCAAGUAAAAUGGGUCAUGGAAGGAGAAGAAUUUAAUGGUUUGGGGGAGAUGUUUAGCAAAAACUACAGCUUUCGGUCAGGCCCUGUGUGUUUGGUUCAUGUUACGUUUGUGGGCAGAACUUCAGAUAAAAGUUUUGCAAACACCUAAUGUCAUUUUUCUUUUCUUGUUUCUCCUUUCCCCCAACUUCUGUAGUACAGUACAGCUCCCUUAUCUGCAGGACUAGAAUCCAUGAUUUCAUUUCUGCCCAACAAACUUAUAUCCUCUCUAGGCAUUUUGUGGAACCUCCAGCAUGACUCAAGUGUAUUCUUGGGCCAGACAUCCUUCAAUUCAUUAGUGUUGACUAUUAGUUGUUGUUUUGCAUAUGCGCAUAAAGUUCGGGAACAUAUCCCAUGCAGAUGUUGGAGCUGUACUGUACUUACUUUCAAGCUACUUAACAGAAUUCUUUCAACUAUAUUUAGCUGUCUGGAACAUUACCAGUUUUCUAUAUGAAGUCUGUUUGUGUGUGUGCGUUGUAACUGUGCUAUGGAAAAUAAUUUGAUUAUUAAGAAUUCAGGAAGAAAGAUAGGAACAGUGGCCCUUUCUUGUGAGAACAGGGAGCAGAUUUAUUUUUCAUCCUUAAGCGAAUGCGCUGAAUAUUAUUUCCUCUGAACCAAUUAGCACUGCAUUGCACAUAGAGAGUUUGGCCCCCACUGUAUUCAGCACUUUAGCCCUGAGUAGUCUCGAGGGUGGCUAGUUGGAUGUAUUCUGUUCUUCACAUGUGAACAGUGCCUAUUCCCUGCUGUACACUGGAGAAGAACAUUAAGCGAAAAGCACAGAUUUGCUAGUGAAGGUGUUAGAAAUGUCUUUUAGCUUUAAUUAUCUUUAUGAAUCUUGCACCAAACGAAUGGAUACAUUGCUUAUGUUACAGACCACUUCACUUUGGCAUUUAGCUUUGAAAGCAUAAACUACUAAUUUAGGGACAAGGAUACCCAAGAAUGUAAGCUUCAAAAUCAUAGAACUUGAGAAUAGAUAUUAGAACUAGUAAAAGAAAAAGCAUAAGCAAGUGCAGAAUUAAUCCAGAGCCAUAUAGAAAUUGUCAUAAUAGAUUUCCAAAUAAUGCACUUCCUACACUUAAUUUUUUUCUCUCUUGCUAACCACAAUGAACAUUUGUGCCAGGAACAAUAUUAAGCAGAAUUGAGGCUAACCUGGUUAACUUGGUUAACCUUCUGAACUUCGAUUUCCAGCCAGCUUUGGACUGGCCCUUGUCAACUACUAGUGCCUUGCUUUUAGUAUGCAGUUUUGUGGACAUUUUACAUUGAACUAUUAAAAAGUGAUUUCGUUGUUAGGAAGUAUUUUCGAGGCACUAAUUAGGAUUUCCUCCUGAGGGGAAGCAAAUUGCCUAUGUUGAAUCUCUCUUGCUUCCUCUCUCUCCACAAAUAGCUUAAACUUAUUUCCCCAAAGCCUUAUAUUAUAUUGACACUUUGUAGACUGCUCACUAGGAGAAGUGUUCAGAAAAGAAAAAUUGAGACUGCCAAAGAUUACUUUCACUGAAGACCUGAGCUGAGUUUUCACUAUGGAAUAGUUCUGUUGGGUUGUUGAAUUAGUAUAUAUUAAUAAAAAUACAUUGGUUAUUUUAAGAAUAAUGUUUUUUGUUCUGUUUUGCUCUGAAUUUACAGUUCACACUGCUACCUUAUCUAAUAAAAUAAGUAACUAGUUUUGGGGAAAUAUAGUCAGAUAGAAAAAAAAAAUCCCACAGCCUUAUUCUAAGCAUAUGUAGUGAGGAGGAAAUCCCCCCUCAGUUAAGUAAAGCUUAAGGCUUAGCUACACUGUCUACUUAAUCUGUGGCUAUUCCAAAGCAGGAAUGCUCCAGAGUCACCCUAGAGGUGGCCACACUCUCUGGUCCCAAGCCCUAGUAUGGCGGCAUUCACACAGUCCUUAUUCAUCCCCUUUUCCCUGCACUGAUGAGUAUAGGACAAACAGGAGGGUGGUGCACCAUGUGGACAGCAGACCAGUCCGCAUCGGAUCUAGUCCUGUCGACAUUGUGCACAAAUGGUGCGUUUGCGCCAGUGUAACUCAGGAGUAUUCCCUAAGUUUCCUUAACAUGGGGCUAAACUGAUACCCCAUGAUAAGGACUGGAAGUCUCUGAAUAUCUUGAAGACCACUAGAAGCGACUUCAUGGGGAACAUGGGAUGUUAAGCUUAUGUAGAUGAGCCUUCAGUUCCUGGCACAUUGACAGAGUUUUGCAAUUUUUAUUGAGGUUUUAACUUAAAAUAAAAUAACAAUUCCGCUUUGGAUUAAUACUGGUUAUUAAAGUACAAUGUCAGAGUGAGAGUGUUGUUAUAUAAUCUUACCUUAAUUAUUUUUAUAUAAUGAAGCCAUUAAUAUUUCUGAAAUACUUUAUUAAAGGUUUUGACCAUUGAGUAUUCCCUAUUUAUUGUGAUACAUUAUCUGUUUUCACUUAAAUGUUAUACAGUGAGAAGCAUCUACUUUAGUUUAAUUGUAAGGGGUUUAGAAACCUGACACGCUAAAUAAAUAAAUAAAUAAAUAAAAACCUGUGAUUUCAGUUUUGACUGUUUUCAUUAGUUUAAAAGCUAAAUAUAUUACAGACAACGUUCUUAAUGUGAAGGCAAUGGUAUAUUGCCAAUUCAGUUGUUGUUCUCUUAACUGACUCAUAGAUUACGCUGAAAAAUGGAGUUGAAAGGUGUGUUUAAGAUAGUAAUACACUGCACUGUUGAUGGAACUAAAUAUGCCACUGUUUUCAAAUAACAUUCUAUAUUAUUUUGUCAAAUAUUGCUAAUAAAAGAAUUAUGACAUAAAACAA